AUGUCCCUCAUCGUCAAAACUGGAACCGGGCCAUUCGGUUCUCCGAUCUCAACCUCCAUGCUCAUGAGCGCCGAGUUCAACCUCCUCGGUAAAGGAAGCAACAACACCCCAACCUUCAUGCUCCACUUCAAGCCCCGAUUCGGCGACUUCUCGAUCAAAAAGUCUCAUUCUUCCUCUGGAUUCGACGGAGCUUUGCUCAGAUCGGUGAAUGGAUCUGAGGAGGAUUCGUUGAUUGAGGUCGUGGAGUCUCCGGGGAUGAGGACGUCGUGCCGUCGACCUCCGCCGGAGAUAUCGCCGGGUUGUUGUCUGGUGUUGAGGUCGCGGCGAGGACGUCGUUGCCGAGACAACCAAACCCGCGAACGAUCCGGUAAAGUUUCGGGUUUGAGAACGAAUGGUGAUGUGUGUUUGGUGUUGGAGGAGCUUCGGUCGGAGAAUAAAGAGUUGAAGAGAGCUGUUGAGGAUCUUAGGGGAGUGAUGGUGUCGAAUGUACGGACAUUCUACCGUGAAGCUGAGAGGAGUAGCGACAAGAGUAGUAAUGGUAGAGGGAGAGGUGAUAGGUGGAGUAGUGAGUGA